AAAUUAGCGAACGCACCAACAAGCGACCGAGCAGAGACUCUGUUCGGGCCAUUAUCGCGAGAAAUUCCGUAAAAACCGGAGGUUAACCGCACCGGACCGGCCGGAAAGUGUGCGCGCCAGUGUCCCGCGUCCAGUUAGCAUCGAGGCGUAUUGAGGGAUUGUCCGCUGGAGUAGAUUCCCGUGCGGUAAAAGCGAGUUGAAAUUUUGCGAACAUCUCCCGCACGAUUUGCUUCAUACCGAUUCGCGUAACACUUCCCAAUGGGCAAGGAGAUCGACCCGGCCGACAUCGGCAAGCACCCGGACCUGAUCCGGAAGGCGCAAGCCGAGAUGACCCAGAGCGACGUGCUGGUGUGUGGCCGGUGCCACAACGUGUUCCACUUUAUCGAACUGUUCCGCGAACACAAGGAGACGGAGUGCCGCAAGGAAUCGACGCUGAAGGAUUGCCGCGAAACGAAGAGCAAGGUGUGGGCGUUUCUGCUGUGGAAGUCGGCCCAGCUGAAUCCGACCGACGGGGCGGCGGCGGUCGCCACGGCCGAGGGCAAUGUCAACUCGUGGAAGCUGUACCAGACGUGGGUGAAGCUGGAGGAGUCGGUGCGCGAGACGUGGAUCGUGGCCGGGCGGACCAUUCAGUCGUUUGCGAGGAUGGGACAAGGCAGCUUGCAGGAGAUGCCAGUUAAGAUUACCAAAACUAUUAUUGAGAGUGGACCGGAAGAGAAGAAAGCAACGCCAAGUCCGGUAACGUCCCCGACGGCCGGCAAUCGCUUCCUGGCGAAUCGCAAGCCGGACUACAAGCCACCAGCGAGUGUGACCACGACGGCGGCAGCGAAGCCGGAGCCAGAGGUGAAGAAGGUCCCCGUAACGACGACGACCGCUGUUAAGAAGCCCGAGCCGGUGGCCAAACUCCCGGGCAAGCGUUCCGUCGCCAAGCGGACUACUCCUGGUAGCGGCGAAGUCGUCGAGGAGGAAGUCGAGAAGAUCUUGGCGAAACGGUUCAACCCGCGCCGCAAGGAGCACGAAUACCUGGUCAAGUGGACCAAGUUUGCGCACGACGCCAACACCUGGGAGCCGUUGAUUCACCUGCAGACGUGCCAGAGCGUGUUAGAGUACUUUGAGGUUCAGCUGGCCAAGCAGAAGGAGCAGCGUGCGGCGGCGGCCGCCCGAACUCUGCAGCAGCAGCAAGCUGAGAAGGCAAAGGCCGCGGGAACGACUGUUACGAGUACGGCAGCAGGCACAACCCAAAGUGCCACCGUAGUUCCGGUGGUGACUCUGGCCAAAACCACCACACCGGUACCGGUGGCGGCCGCAGCUCCAACUACGCAAAUGGUUCCGCUGGCGCAGAGUUCCCCGCUGGGUGGUCGAAUCGCACGUAACGCCAAGGUCAACGCGAUGGACAAGGUCAAGCAGUGGGUCACGACCGGCGGUGGUGGCGGGAGUUCUGGCUACGAGACGGAAAGCGGCAUCAAGCGCAAGUUCGACAGCGAAAGCGGCGAGUUUGACGGUGAAGAAGAGGAAGAAGUAAACGGAAUCAAGCGGAUCAAGGCGGAGAACGGAGCGGCGCAGAUUGUGGCGAGGCAGGGCGUGAAGGUCACGUACGCCAGCAAGUCACCGGUGAAGAUCGUUAACGGAGUUGGUGGGUUGAAGAAGGAGGACGAUAAUGCCGCGGAGGUCAUCGUGAAGACCGUCAAGGAUGGCACUCAGAGUGGCGUUGUCAAGAAACCAGGAUUCACAAGCGCCAAGAACGUUGCUGGAGAGGCCAAGAUCCAAAUCGUGAACCGUGGUGAGGUCCCGAAGCAGGGCGUGUUCAAGGUCAACGCUGGAACGCCAUCUCCACAGCCAUCACCGGCCGCCGCACCGACCGUCAACCGUACAACUCCACCCGGCACAACCACCACGACAACGACGAGAAUCGUUCGCAAAAACAUUGGCGGAACGCAACAGCUGGUCAAGCAGGUCGUCCGCACCACGAUCCCCAUCCAGCAGGCCCAGCAAUCCCAAACUCAACAGCAACACGGCCGACAACCGCUGCAGAAGGUCGUCAACAACGCGAGCCCAACCGGAGGCGCCCCAAUCCCAAAGGUCACGACCAACAUCGUCCCUCGGAGUUCACUCUCGCCCAAGGUCGGCGGCCCGAACCAGUCCAAACAACCCAUCAACCGCAACAUCCGCAGCGCCCCGGUCUCCAAAAACACCACUCCCGAAGCCAAGAUCAACGCACUGCGCAAGCAAGGCCUCAACGUCGUCAAACGGGUCAUCUCUCCGGCGGCGACCUCCGUCGAGCAGAAGCCACACGCCCACGAGGAGGAAGAAGAAGAACCCGGUAUCGCGGAUCCUUUCCCCGCGCAAAUCUCGUCCCAAGUCCCACAGUCACCCCCGCGAGCCCUCACGCUCUGUCCGGUCACGGGCAAGGUGCUCGGCCAGGCCGAAGGCGAACCCACUCCGGUCCCUAGUCCAGAAAUCAAAGACGACAAAAAACAGGAGGAGCAACCCCAGGACACCCAGGUCCAUCAGUACCUCACCAACGAGGACGGUUCGCCGAUCAUCGUGGCCGGGGAGGACGGAACGCUGUACCAGGUUGCGGGGAAGAACGCCGAAGGCCAAACCAUUCUCAUCGCACAGGGCGAAAACGGCGAGCAGCAGUGCGUUCUGGUGGCGUCCCAGGAGGGUGAGGGCGAGGAGGGCGCCGGAGGCGUACUCACGCUUGACGCGGCCGUUUCGGAGGCCGUUGCGCAGAUUGCCGUCCCGCAAGAGGGUCAACAACUCACAGAGGAGCAAGCGGCGCAGUACAAGCUGCAGGAGGGCGUCGACCCGAACCAGCAGCUGACGAUCCAAACCGGCGAGGACUCCCAGGACGGACAGAUUACGGCGGAGGUCGUGCAGGCCGACCAGCCCUCGCCUGGUGGAACCCGGCGGGUUGUUCUCCUGCUGCCAGACGGCAGCUUCAUGAUGACCGAGGUAAACGAGGAGCAGUACCAGUCGCUGAACCUGGUAAACUAAGCCGCGUGUGGUGAGGAGGGAGGCGUAUUGCGUACGCCAAAUUACUCGAUUUUGACUUUGAUUUAUUUUAAGAGAGUUUAAUUUUUAACUAUUUAAGUUUGCUAGUGUGUCCAUUUUUUUUUUUUUUCAACCACCUUCUAAAAAAUAAUAAUAAUGCAACGUUUGACCAACCCUACGCUCGUACAUUAAACGAUCCCCUGUACAAAUAAUUUGCUAAAUUAGAAGUGCCCCUCAAGAAAGGGGCGAAUUCAACUGUAUUUGAGAGAUUCGAAGCUCUCGGAUGUCGUCUGUUUAAGAUGUAAACUAUGUUUAUGUUCCAACUGGAGAUGCAGAAAUAAUAACACAUUUAGUCGUUUGUAAGUGAAUUAGUCAUGAUAUCGAGGAAAGAUAAGCUUGAUGAGACAGAUUCGAAUAAAAUAGUUAUUUUAAAACA